ACUCAAACUAAACGAAAUGUACACAUUGGAUGCCAGUCUGUGACUUCCUUCCCUACAGAAUGAGUUAGCAAUUCACGUCGUUCGUUCUACUAUGCAAAAUAAAACGGAUUCCUCCAGUAUCAUCAGACGACUACACGAGGAAGAACCAUUAGUGGAUGCGGUCGUAGGCCAGCAUGAUGGAUCCACCACCACAGUGCCAAGAAAGCGCUUUUUCAUCUUGGAACCUCCUGUUUUCUUGAUUUAUUAUGCCUGGUAUGUUUCAACGGCAGUACUAACGGAUCAGAUUAUUUACCAAGCUUGUACGGUUUCGUUGGGAAUUAACCAGACCGAAUGUGCCUUACUGGGCAAGGAACAUGAAUCUCCGGAAAUCAAAGCUCUCGAGGAACGGGUUCAACCCUAUUCGGCCAACAUAAUUAUGGUCCAAGCCUUGAUGGAUUCAGUCCUGCCAGCGGUGUUGAAUCUUUCGAUUGGCCCAUGGUCCGACAAGUUCGGUCGAAAGCCGGUUUUAUUGGUGACUUUCUCUGGGCUAGCCUUAUCAUUUGGGUUGAUUUCACUGAUCAGUUUCCUGUCCGAUCGAUACCUGCUGGAUCCGUGGUUCUACGUGAUAGCCUUCGUUCCGACGGCCAUUUCUGGAGCGUUGAGCACCAUUCUGACGUCCGUGUACUGCUACAUUUCGGACGUCACCGAGGAACAUGAACGUGGAAAUAAAAUGGCCGUUCUGGAAGCGGUGCUCUACGGAGGAAUCCUAGUCGGAAGUCUCAGCAGUAGUUACAUCCUGAAAUGGUCCGACGCCACAACCGUAUUCUGCGUGGCCACCUGUGCCGUGCUCCUGUCCGUGCUCUACAUCCUGCUGAUAAUCCGAGAGAGUGUUCCGAUUAGCAACGUCCGCCGGGAGCGAUGGUGCUGCUCCAAGCUGGCUUAUUUGUUCCGUCCUCAGCUGAUCUUGGACACCUUGAAAACGACGUUGAGCUAUCGCCCAAAUUUCAAUCGAACUAUUAUUUUGCUAGGGGUAGUCGUAAUGGGUGGAAACAUUUUCGCUGCCGGUGAGUUAAAUUUAAAAUGGAUUGUUCGGAUUUGUAAUUUAUGGACAUUUUUUUCAGAGGAUGCCACAGUAUUCUUCCUGUUUCUGCGGAAGCACUUCAAUUGGUCCGUCCGGAAAUACUCAUUCUACAUAUCUGCGGAAACCAUUUUCAUAAUCUUCGGGAAUCUCUUGGGCACUUACUAUCUGCAAAAGAGGCUAGGUUUCAGCGAGUCAGGAAUCGCUGCCAUCGGUUAUUUUUCCUAUUUCUUGAAUAGCAUUGCCAUUGCCGUUGCCUUCAAAUCUUGGCACCUGUACUUUGCCAGUGCCAUCUGCCUUCUGCGAGGCGUAGCGGAUCCGAUGACCCGUGCCUACAUCUCCAAUACGGCUGCCCCGGAAGACGUUGGCAAAAUUUUUGCCUUCUUGUCCAGCUUCGAGACGUUGAUGCCCCUGGGAGCGGCCCCGCUUUACACUGUGAUCUACAAAGCGACCCUCGUCGUCUAUCCGGGUGCCUUUGGGUGGGUCAGUGCGGCCAUUUUUGUCGGCUGUUAUUGCCUGACGAUGGUCGUUUGUGUCCUCCAAUCGAUGCAGAGAUCCCCUACUAGUCACGAAUCCAUUGACUGAUCAGCUAAGAUCGAAGUUUUGCUAAGCACCACCGUUAACUGAUAUUGUGUGAUCCCUGUUAUUCAACGUUAUUGAGUGUUUUGAGAAAAAUCUGUGUUAUAGAAUAAUCAAUUGGUCGAAUUAAUUUAAUCAAAAGUACCUACCUAGAUGAAUUUUCCAAUAAAAAGAAUUAUAUAACCAAAUGUAAAAA